ACUUCGGAACGUUCGCGCCAAUAGAGCAAAAUAUGCGCGUUUUUAUUGGUCGCUGGUGCAAUAACUAAAAGACGUCAGGGGCGGGGAGAAAGACGUUCCGCUGCGCGGCUUGGCGGGAAAAGGGGUCAGAUUUUCGCGCCAAGGAAAGUUGCAGGAAGGAGCGAAGUUGCCUUUUUAUGCGCGGGAGGAAAAGAAGCGGAGGGGGGGAAUUGGUCUCGAUCCUGAGAUGGCAGCGCCCGCGCCAGCUACCCUGGAUGAUGCAGAAUUGCGAGAAGCUCAGCGAGACUACUUGGAUUUUUUGGACGAUGAGGAAGAUCAGGGAAUUUACCAGACUAAAGUCCGAGACAUGAUUAGUGACAACAGGUACCGUCUGAUUGUGAAUAUCAAUGACCUCCGAAGAAAGAAUGAAAAAAGAGCCAGCCGUUUGCUGAACAGUGCCUUUGAAGAGUUGGUGGCUUUCCAGCGUGCCCUGAAAGACUUUGUUGCUUUUGUGGAUGCUACAUAUUCAAAGCAGUAUGAAGAUUUUUAUAUUGGGUUAGAGGGAAGCUUUGGAUCUAAACAUGUGACACCCCGGACAUUGACAUCCCAGUUUCUCAGCUGUAUCGUCUGCGUGGAGGGUAUUGUUACAAAGUGCUCUUUGGUGCGCCCAAAGGUUGUCCGAAGUGUGCAUUACUGCCCUGCCACCAAGAAAACAAUUGAGCGGCGAUACACAGAUUUGACUUCCCUAGAAGCUUUUCCGUCCUCUGCUGUUUACCCCACCAAGGAUGAAGAGAACAAUCCUCUUGAGACAGAAUUUGGUCUGUCAAUCUACAAAGAUCAUCAAACCAUCACAAUCCAGGAGAUGCCAGAGAAAGCACCAGCUGGACAACUUCCUCGCUCUGUAGAUGUCAUUUUAGAUGAUGACUUGGUGGACAGAGUAAAACCAGGGGACCGAGUACAGGUCAUUGGGACUUUCCGUUGUCUGCCAAACAAGAGGGGUGGCUACACUUCAGGGACAUUUCGGACCAUCGUGAUUGCUUGCCAAGUAAAGCAAAUGAGCAAGGAGGUUCAGCCUGAAUAUUCAUCUAGAGAUGUUAGCAAGAUUAAAAAAUUUAGCAAACAUCACUCAAAGGAUGUUUUUGAACAGCUUUCAAGAUCUCUGGCUCCUAGCAUCCAUGGGCAUGAGUACAUCAAGAAGGCAAUUCUAUGUAUGCUCUUGGGAGGAGUGGAAAAGGUGUUGGAGAAUGGAAGCCGACUCAGAGGGGACAUUAAUAUCCUACUAAUUGGUGACCCUUCUGUUGCAAAGUCUCAGUUGCUACGUUAUGUGUUAUGUACAGCUCCUCGGGCCAUUCCCACUACUGGCAGGGGUUCUUCAGGAGUAGGUUUGACUGCUGCUGUCACAACAGAUCAGGAAACUGGAGAACGUUGUCUGGAAGCCGGUGCCAUGGUCUUGGCUGACCGUGGAGUAGUGUGCAUUGAUGAAUUUGACAAGAUGUCUGACAUUGAUCGUACUGCUAUCCAUGAAGUGAUGGAGCAAGGCCGUGUUACUAUUGCCAAAGCAGGCAUUCAGGCCCAGCUCAAUGCCCGUUGCAGUGUUCUAGCAGCGGCCAACCCAGUCUAUGGAAGGUAUGACCAAUACAAAACUCCCAUGGAGAAUAUUGGCCUCCAGGAUUCUUUGCUGUCCCGAUUUGAUUUACUCUUCAUUGUUUUGGAUCAAAUGGAUCCAGAACAAGAUCGAGAAAUCUCAGACCAUGUUUUGCGAAUGCAUCGUUACAGAGCAGCUGGUGAACAGGAUGGAGAUGCCAUGCCUUUAGGCAGUACAGUUGAAUUACUGGCAACUGAGGACCCUUCCCUUACCGAGCAGGAGGAUCAGGAGCUGCAAGUGUAUGAAAGACACGAUGACCUACUGCAUGGACCUAAGAGGCGGAAAGAGAAGAUCGUAAGCAUGGAGUUCAUGAGGAAGUAUAUUCAUUUUGCCAAGAUGCUGAAGCCAGUCUUGACUGAGGAAGCAGCAGCCCUCAUAGCCCAGGAAUAUUCUUCUCUUCGCAGUCAGGAUCAGAUCAGCUCUGACCAUGCCAGGACCUCCCCUAUCACAGCCCGAACUCUAGAGACAUUGAUCCGGCUUUCAACUGCACAUGCUAAAGCCAGGAUGAGUAAAAUAAUUGAGAAGCAGGAUGCCAAAGCAGCUGUAGAGCUGGUGCAAUUUGCUUACUUCAAAAAGGUUCUGGAAAAAGAAAAGAAGCGGAAAAAGGCUGAAGAUGACCCAGAGGAAGAAACAGAUGGUGAAAUGUCCCAAGAAAGCGAAAAAAGACAGAAAAAGAGAAGGAAGACACAUUCCAGCGACCAGUCACCCACAGAAGGAGAAACAUAUGAUCCUUAUGACUUCAGUGACACGGAAGCAGAAAUGCCAGAAAUUCAGGCACACACACCCAAGAUUCCUGAAGCUUCAAGCACUGAUGAGAUUACAUCAAAAUUGUCUGAGUCCAGGCUUAAAGCAUUCAAGGCAGCCCUCCUAGAGGUAUUCAGAGUUGCUCAUGCACAGUCUGUGAAUCUGAAGAGCCUGCUGGAGUCCAUCAACCGGGACAACCCAACUCCUUUUUCAUCAGCUGAAGUCAAAGCAGCAUUGGAACAGAUGCAAGAAGAUAACCAGAUCAUGAUGUCCGAUGAUAUAAUUUUCCUAAUCUAGUGUAACUCAUAGGGAGGAGAGUGUUUCCUUUGGGUGCUUGGUGUGGAUGGAAAAUCUUUCCAGCAAUAUCAGUGAAACUUGUCCAGAAAUCUUGGCUUGGCUGAUUGGUUUAGAGAAAUUUGAGUUUGGAGCAAUCUACGUGGGAGGAAAAUAUGCUUGACUUUUUUCAGUGAUCAGUCUUGUUUUUUUUCCUACUUCAAGUUGUUUUUAAAUUCAAAGUUCUUUAACUCCACCUGCUUGUCAGACAUAUGUACAGUGAAGCUAUUCUAAGCAUUCAGCCUUGCCUCAUCAAUUCACCAAUGAAUUUAAUGCACUUUUCAUUUUCUGAUAAGGAUUUUUGUAAAUUCCACUGGGGUAAGAAAAUGGAGACCAUCAAAGUGUAUUUGCAAAGAUGUCAUUGCAGUUAAGAUUAGAAAGAGCUGAGUGCCCAUGUGUACCGUAUCUCCUCUUUUAUAUAUAACAACCUCUGCUACUUUGGACUGUAAUUUUUAAAUUUUAGGUAAAUAAUUUUGAUGGUGUAUAUAACGUGAAAAUAACUUUUUCUGCUAAAAGGAGCUUUGGCUACUGGGGAAAGUAGCACCAGUAUUCUGAAAUUAGGCCUGUUCUUAUGAGCAUCUAGUUUACUUCUGUAUCUACAUGUCUUCCUCCUAAUGUAAGCAAGAGAAGCUGGCUGGAGUGCAAAGUAAUAUUGGUGAGGGGCAAAUGGGAAAGCAAUAGAUUGCAUCAUUCUGUCUCAGCAUUUUUUUACCCACAAAAGUCUAACAUACAGAAUUAUCAAAACAUUUAUACAAAUAUUAAAAGCCCUUCUAUUUUUAAUGUCAGUUCAAAAGCUUUGGUUUUUAAUGUUGUAUAUGUUACAUAUUACAAUACAGAAUAAAAGUGAGUAAAUUUCUAAACAAACUGUUGGAUCUUACAUCAGAUCUUCCAUGAAUUCUGUUUGUGCAGUAUAGAAAACAAUACUAAAAUGCAACUUGUAUACAGAGCAGUUCCAAUACCUAAGAUAUGCGAAAAGAUUAUUCAUUUAGUUUCAGUGAGCUGAAAUAUUGGAUAAAUAAAAGCUUGUACUAUCCUUUUCUAAAAUGAGAUUUCAAGGAGGAGAAAAGUUGAUUGAAAUCCUGUUCUGGUUUUUUCCCCCUCUCUGAGAGUACAAUUACCAGACUUGGUUUAAAACAUUUAAAGAUGUAUAAAUGAAUCAAGGUCUUUCCAAGUGGAUUCAAGUUGAAACUUCCGUUGAAAGAAGGUGAUGAUCUUGACAUUAAAAAAGCUGAAAAACAGGUGGGUGAUCAGGUGGGCAGCAGAAAAAAGUGAUCAGAUUUCUGAGUGAAAUGCUGU